ACUCACUACCCAGCUUCUUCUCAGAGAGAGAGUGACACCCUGAGUUGGGUAAGCUGUUUGAUAACCAGUCUGAGGUCGCACGUUUCUCUGGCUCGAGCGUUCAGAAACUGGUCGGAGGCAAGCAGGAGCCGCUGUCACGUGCUAGAACCAGUUGAAUAAUGAAAAGUCGUUGUUGUGCAAGCCAGUCUCUCCGCCUUACUUAACAAUUAGCAUAGUUUUGGUGAUAUAACUGAAACUUCAGCUACCUCCGCAGGUACAGAUUAGCGUCCUCUACUCGGUAAAAGCGUCACGCCCAUAAAACGAAAGCAUGUCAACCGAAAAAGUUCCUGACACCCCAGUGGAAGUCAUUGUGGACCUUUUAACUAAAGCCCAGGACAUAGCUGCAUCCUGUGGGAAUGUUCCAGAAGAGCUGACAAGCCACUUGCAGAAGGCUCUGGACAUCGCCAGUGGCCUGGAUGACUACCUGGAGAAAAUGACCACACAGGAAAGUGAACCGCUUGCAGAACUUUAUAAAAAGACUUUUUCUCAUGACUGGGAUCAAGUGCACAAGGAGGGCAAAACUAUGUUCAAGCUUCCCAAGGAAUGUAUCACUGGACACGUUGAAGGUCAAACGCUGAAGAUGCUGAUCCACAUGAGUCAAGCGAAGAAGGUCCUAGAGAUCGGGAUGUUCACUGGCUAUGGAGCUCUGUCGAUGGCUGAAGCGCUACCAGAGGACGGAUGCUUAGUGGCCUGCGAGUUGGAGCCAUACCUUAAAGAGUUCGCUCAGCCCAUUUUUGAUAAGUCUCCACAUGGUAAAAAGAUUAAUGUCAAGACUGGAAAUGCCAUGGAGACACUAAACGAAUUAGCCGCCACCGGUGAACAGUUCGACAUGGUUUUCAUCGAUGCUGACAAAAACAACUACAUCAACUAUUACAAAUUUAUCAUGGACAACAACAUGCUCAGAUUGCGAGGGGUCAUAUGUAUCGAUAACUCGCUGUUCAAAGCCAGGGUUUAUCUUAACGAAACCACAGAUAGCAAUGGACUGGCCCUUCGCGAGUUCAACCAGUUUGUGUCUAAUGACCCCCGAGUAGAGCAGGUCAUUGUCCCUUUAAGAGACGGCCUCACUCUUAUCCGUCGGGUACCUCCGGCCGCUGAGUGCUUACGGCGUCAGUGUAAAAUUACAGAUGAUGAGGUUUUCCGUGGGGUCACAGGGCGUUUCAUCCUGGAUCGAAUGCGCCUUGACGGUAAGGUGGCCUAUGUGACAGGUGCUGGACAAGGCAUAGGCCGAGCAUUCGCUCACGCUCUGGGUGAGGCUGGUGCAAAGGUGGCUGUCGUAGACCUGGAUGGAGCAAAAGCUGAGACAGUCGUUGAGGAGCUCUUCCUUAAAGGUAUCAAUGCCAUUUCGAUAACAGCUGACAUCAGCAAGUCAGAUGACGUCCAGAGGAUGAUGGACGCCAUCGUUUCCAAAUGGGGAGUGAUCCACAUCGGUUGUAACAAUGCUGGCAUCAACAUGAACUCAGCCAGCGAAGACACCAGUCUAGAGGAGUGGGACCAAACCUUUAAUGUGAACCUCAGGGGGACCUUCAUGUGCUGUCAGGCAGCGGGUCGAGUGAUGUUGAAGCAAGGGUACGGCAAGAUUAUCAACACAGCUUCCAUGGCCAGUCUAAUAGUCCCCCAUCCUCAGAAGCAGCUUUCGUACAACACAUCCAAGGCCGGUGUGGUCAAACUGACUCAGACUCUGGGCACUGAAUGGGCUGACAGAGGAGUGCGUGUCAACUGCAUCUCGCCGGGGAUUGUUGACACCCCUCUCAUCCACUCGGAGAGUCUGAGGCCUCUGGUGCAGCGCUGGCUGUCAGAUAUUCCUGCUGGUAGACUGGCUCAAGUGACAGACCUGCAAGCUGCAGUGGUCUACUUGGCAUCUGAUGCCUCUGACUACAUGACAGGGCAUAACUUAGUCAUAGAAGGUGGGCAAAGUCUGUGGUAGAAGGGUUAGAUGAAGAGAUGAAAACUUUCCCCCCCUCUUCUUCAUUCUCCAGGGAUUAGAACUAGGUGGCAUUCAUAUUAUGUCCCUUUGAGACUUGAACAGCAAUAUUAGUUUAAAUGAAACUGCACUUUCUGGACAGGUGAUAUCAGUUUUGGGAGUUUGGGGUUUUUUUCUGUGCAGACUGUAGGCUUAGUUCAAUGUCCAGUGUGGUAGAACAGCAGAAAAUGUUUUACUGAAAGGAAAAUAAGGCAACAAUGUUAAAUACAGGAAAGAGUUAUAAACUUUUUUAUUACCAAUUUUUUUAGCAGGAAAGUACCGAGCAUUACUUUCAAUUGAGACCAAAUUAUCACGGUUUCUUUUUUGUUACAGUGUUUUAUUCCCUGGAUGCUGCUUAAACAUACUGAUGACUGUGACUGUAACACUUUAUUGUAUCUGCUCCAACACAAACACAGAUAAAUGCUGUCAAAAAUACAAAUGGGUAAUAAAAAGUAAAAAGGUUUUGUGUUGUAA